CUUCACGCUCAUCACUCAUGCUCCAUGCUUACGAGCGAGUGAAGAGCAAGCGGGAGGCCACAGUGCAGUGGCUCAAAGGAAGGUCAGCUGGGAAGCUUUGAGGUGGAGAAGAGGCAGCACAGCAUCAGGCAGAGGUUCGUCGUGCUCGCCACAAGGCGCGCGAGAAGAUCCUUAAGUCGCGAGUAUGGCCAGCUAGCAACUCGACAAGUGCUAAUCUUGAAUGAGUGCAAGUCAUCCAUGUCAAGGAGCCUCGUGGCGCGACCGCGACCGGCAGCGUGGCAAGAGGCACGUAAAGGCAGCUUGUACUCGAGCCAAUUGCGCCUCGCUGAUGGAGCUCCCAAGGGAUUUACCGCUGGAUGGGGGAGGAACUGUGGCACACUUUCCAACGUCUGCGCCUAGGAUCAUCAUUCACCUAGAUCUAGAUGCCUUCUAUGUGGGUGCGUCGAGACUGCGCGACCCCACCCUCCGAGGCUUGCCCGUCGGCAUCAAACAAAAGCAUAUCCUAGCCACUGUUUCGUACGAGGCAAGAGCGCUCGGAGCAAAGAAGCUCGGAAAGGUCAUGGACAGCUUGAGGGCCUGCCCUUCUAUGAUCCUCGUCGACGGCGAAGAUUUGACCUGGUUUCGAAUCGUGUCGCGUAGGGUGUUUGGACUGAUCUCGAAAGUGUGCGGAGCUGCAACACCGAUAGAAAAAUUGGGCAUGGACGAGCUUUGGCUUGAUGUCACUCAGCUCAUCGAUGGGCACCUCAACUCCUUGCCUCAAGCUGAUGAAUCCGGAAAGCGAUGGUUCCCUUUGCCAAGUGGCUCCUCAGCGCCAUCGAGACGGGCAGGAGAUUCUGCGUCCUGUCAAGGCUUUUCAUACGGUAGGGAUGCAGUGGGCCAUGUCUCCAAAUUUUCAGCCUUCGAAGCAAGCGGAGCGCAUCCUACCGCUUCCAUGCGCUUUGUGGUUGCGACCCAUUUGGCCAAACACUUGUUAGCCAUGCUCGACUCCACUUUGGGUCUCAGCGCGAGCGCAGGAGUCAGCACGUCCAAGCUCCUCUCGAAGAUUGUUGGCGGCGAGAAUAAGCCGGCCCAGCAGACAUUGUUUGCUCCAAUUGGUGGCACGUUGCAACAACAAGCCGGCAUCAAGGCUAGAUUUGUCGAGGCACGUGAAAUACGAGCCUUGGCCGGCUUUGGCAGCGUGGUCGCCAAUCGCAUAGAAGAGCGUGUGCGUGGUCUUUCCCACCACGAAGGCCGUUCUGAGAGCAAAACUCAACUCAGCCAGUGGCACAGCGUACCGCCACACGCGCCCGAAAUGAGUGUAGAAGCUGAGGCGACUGCACAGUCCUCGACUCGACGACUCUCGGUUGCACAAGUCCGAUCCCAGAUCACGCUUUCGGACAUGUGCAAAUUGUUCGGAACGGUUCAAGGACCUCGACUUUGGCCUCUCUUGUGGGGCCAGGAUCCGUCCCCGGUGGUUCCUGCUCCACUUUUCCCGGCUACAAUUAGCAUCGAGGAUACCUUCUCUCCUCGCGGAGCUACUCAAGAUGCCGUCGAGCGCCUGGUUCGAAGCUUGUUGAGGCGUCUCGAAAACGAGCUCAGAGCUGCAUCGACAGAAUCCGAUCCCAACAGCAAGGGUAGGGCGAUUCCUCAAGUCGGUUUGGACCAUCUCAAGUUUCGCAGAGUGGAUCGACAGGCUUGGUCUGACAGCGACUAUAGCAACGCUCCAAAUCCUAUUGUGCGGUACUAUGAGCUGAUCGAGCAGGACGAAGCGCAAGAUGGAGCGCGCUCUUCCGCACUUGGACCUUGGCUUCGGUUUCCCGCCACGUUGCGAGUCAGUAUCGUCACUCCUGCUUCCAUUGCUGAUGGGACGCCAGUGUGGAAGGCGCGCAACAGCAAGUCUUCAGCCAUGCCAGUCGAGAUCUUCGAGGUCGAGCGCUCCUUUGAGAGUCGCGCAAAUGCUCUUUCGAAAGCCGUGCAGAGCUUGGAGAAGGCGCUGAAUCCGCAGAGACUACCGAUCAGGCUGUUAAAUUUGGCAGCAGCAGACUUGCGCGAAAGGCAGCCAGACCGAGGACUGGGUUCUUGGUUGGCAAGCCGUCGCGCAGGCAAGACGCCGGUCGAGCAUGAAGUGGACAUGGCUUCCUUGAGCCAGUCUGAAGCUUCUUCCAUUGAUCUAGACAUCUUCUCGGCUUUGCCAGACGACAUUCAGAGGGAGCUUGCUGCGCAGUAUGGACUAGAUUUGCAGCAACUACAAGGAGCGCGAUCGGAUGCCCACUACUCCACCGAUGCAGCUCCUUCCGGCGCCAGUCUGCAGUACGACGACGAUGACAAUCUCCAGCGAGACGUUCAAGAUCGCUCCGGCUCGGCGCAUUGUGAGGUGUGUCAAGCUCCUUGCCUACCAUUUCUACUCCACGAUCACGAGACGUGGCAGGUCUCGGGUUUGCCAGAAGAGCUGAGACAAAUGGAGCUCGAGGGUCUCGCAAGAGUGGACGAAGCAUUCCAUGUCGCAGCAGAGCGCAAAUUCAGCACGACUUCUCCUUACGAGAGCCCUGUCGUACAGGAACGCUUUGCGCGCACCCGCUCACCAUCGAGGAAGCCCAAUGGAUGAAUGUGAAUGUGCUCUUGUGCAUUUUAUUACGCUUGGUUAGGCAGGAAAAGCAGUGUAAUUGACGGGUGCAGCUAGGGCCGCUCUGGGACGCUGUCAGUAGGCUAGCAAAGAGGUGCAAAGCUGCGUCUAGAUGCUGGGAAUGACAGAGCAGGGGCAAACGGCAUCGAGCUGCGCGGGGGGGCGACAGGGCCCAGAUCUUUCAUGAGGUCAUCGCGUCGUAUCCACGCUUGGUAGGAUGUAAGCUCAGUACGUGGGGUAGGUGCGGUGCUAAGAACCCAAAAGCGAGAUCAAAGUUGCAAAGUGUCGUGUGCAAAGUGUCG